AUGUCAGGUUAUCAGACAGAUAGUGCCAGAUCAAAGUGCACCUCUCCAAGGCAUAUGUUUUAAUAGAGUGUAAACUCUACCACAAACACCAUCUCCCCACCAGCUCUACUAGAGGGUAAGAACCACAAGUGAUGGGAGACAUGGACGACCACACCACCCAGGCAAUGCUCAACAAGAGCCCUAAACCCCACCAGGAGGGCAGCAAGGCACCGCAGUACAUCUUUACCAUCGCAGCAACAAUGUGUGCCUUCUGCGCGGGCACGGCUCUGGCCUGGACAAGCCCUGCACUGCCGGCUAUCAUGCCAAAGGACAACGAGACCAGUAUCAAUGGGACAUUAGUGAUCACCCCGGAGGAGGGGUCGUGGGUGGGGUCGCUGCUGCCUGUCGGAGCACUGCUGGGGGCGCUGCCUGCUGGCUACUUCAGCAACCGCUUUGGCCGCAAGCUAACCUGUGCCUCUCUCUCUCUCCCGUUUGUAGCUAGUUGGCUUCUGAUAACCUAUGCCUCGUCUGCUAUGCAGCUGUAUCUGGCCAGAAUUAUAGUAGGAAUAGCUACUGGAGCUUCAUCAGCUGUAGCCCCGAUGUAUGUUGGUGAAAUAGCCGAGGCAUCAGUCAGAGGUUCUCUGGGAUCCUUCUUCCAGCUGAUGAUGACAGUGGGUAUCCUGUACACGUAUGUGCUGGGUGCUGUAGUCUCAUACACUACUCUGGCCAUUGUUUGUGGUGUAGUGCCCAUUGCCUUCCUGCUCAUGUUCUUCAAUGCCCCAGAGUCACCUGUCUACCUCAUCAGCAAAGGCCGUCGCAGCGAGGCAGAGGCUUCACUAAAGAGACUUCGGGGACGAGGAUACGAUGUCAGCUACGAGUUAAAUGAACUGCAGAAGGAAAUUGAGAAAUCAUCUGGAAAUGAAGUUUCAUUUAGUGAUAUUUUCAAACGGAAGGCCGCCUUCCGCGCCCUCAUCAUCUCCUUGGGUUUGAUGGUUUUCCAACAGAUCUCUGGUAUUAACGCAGUCAUCUUCUACGCAAACUCAAUUUUUCUAGAUGCCGGAAGCACUUUAGACCCUGCCAUUUCUACCAUCAUUGUAGGAGUGAUUCAGGUAGUUGUUACUUACGCGUCAUCUCUCCUCGUAGACAAAGCAGGGCGUAAAAUACUGCUCCUCAUCUCAGCCGCAGUCAUGGGUAUCUGUCAAGGAUUACUUGGACUUUACUUCUAUCUCAAGGAGAAUGGCAACGAUGUCAGUAACAUAACCAUGAUCCCACUAGCAAGUGUUGGGCUAUUCAUUAUCAUUUUCUCUCUUGGUUUUGGUCCCAUACCUUGGAUGAUGACUGGAGAACUGUUCUCCUCAGACAUCAAGGGUCCUUGCACAGGAAUGGCUGUUGGCCUCAACUGGUUCCUUGCCUUCCUUGUUACAAAAUUAUUUGGACCUUUGAAGACCCUUUUGGGAUCAGGCAUUACAUUUGGAAUGUUUGGUGUCAUUUGUGGAGUAGGUGUUGUGUUUGUUUUGCUUUUAGUCCCAGAAACUAAAGGUAAAAGUUUAGACGAGAUUCAGCGCAUGCUUGGAGAAGAAGAUAACAGGAGGAAGAGUCUUGCGUAGUUUAAAUUUUGAAAUUAACUGCAAUGAGCAUAACAGCUAAAGAUUGUUUCCUAUUAGAAGAUAAAAUAAAAUAGCAUUUAAUGCCAAAGACUGAUAACAUCUGUGAUUUCAACUGUUAUACAAUUCACUAUAAGGGAAGUUGAUGUAUAUGAGUCUGUUGUAAAUAGUUAUGUAAAUACUUGUUACUCUUAAUCCUGAGACGUUUGGACCAAUUUAGACUUUUUUGCAUUAAAAAACCGGCAUGGUAUGUUGAAAAAUCAUACAUUCACACAUUAGUAUUACAGAAGUAAUCAACCUUGGUCUAUUUAUACUAUAAGUUUUAUUUUUAAAUUACUUACCAUUACUAAUUACAGUUAUUAAGUCUGUAGUGCUAGCUAGAAACAAUACUGGUACUGUACACCAUAAUUCUUCAGUUAGUCAUGAAUUUUUCUUUUUUACUAGUGCAAUAUCUAUUCCUCUUAUUGUUGUGAAUAGUUAUAGUAUGUACCAUAAAAAGGGUUAAAUUUAAAAAUUGUAAAUUUUUCAUAAAGAAAGGUGGUUGAUUUGUUUUAAUGUGUAGAAUUUUCAGGCCUAUUUUGUGCAAUAAGAUGUAAAUAACAAAUAAAUGUGUAGUUAAGUGUGCUGCAGGUAGUGCUUGCAUUAUUACAUAUUCUGUAUAAUCUAAUCAUAAUUUAUUGCAGGCCAUCAAAUUGUUCACAACUAUGCUUAGGAUUAGUUUUCAGUAAAAUAGCCUACAAGUUUUCCCACUCUAAAUAUAUGUUUAACUAUUAUCUGAUUUUGUUAUGAUAAAUAGGCUUAUAAACAUUUAAUGGAGUAUUUUUUUAAUUGCUCAGAAAAUUAUUUGUUUAAGAGUCUCAAGGAUAAGGAUAAAAUGUGCUUGUAUGGUCUUUGCUGCUUUAGUUAUACAUUAUAAGGUCAUACACAUGGUAUAGGUAUACAAUUCUAAGAAUUUAUUUAUAUACUUGUAAACUAUUGGUGAUGCUUUUGUUAUCAAUAAAUGUGUAUCGCUUUUUAAACCUA